AUGAGUCGACAUUUUACUGCUGCUGUUUGUCUGGCUUUAGUUUGUCUUCCUUUGCUGAGCAGUUCAUGUCCUGCACAAUGCAGCUGCUUCUUCCACAAAUUAAGCGAUGGAUCAAAAGCAAGGAGUGUACUCUGCAAUGAUCCGGAAAUCACUGUGGUUCCUCCAAAUUUCCCCAUUGACACAUCGAAGCUGCGCAUCGAAAAGACAGCAAUCGCACGGAUUUCAAGCGACAACUUCCACUACCUCAACAGCCUGGAAUAUCUGUGGAUGUCUUUCAAUUCACUAAAUACACUGAAUGUUGACAGUUUUCGUGGUCUUUACAACCUGGAUGAGCUCCGACUGGAUGGCAACUCCCUUACCUCCUUCCCCUGGGAGUCCCUGACUGAUAUGCCAAACCUGAGGCUCCUCGACUUACACAACAACAAGAUCUCCACCAUCCCUGCCGAUGCCACCAUGCACAUAAAGAAUCUCACCUAUCUGGACUUAUCCAGCAACACUCUGACAACCGUUCCUGCUGAUGUUCUCACAAUGUGGCUAAGUGUGAAGCCAUCCCAGGAUUCCUCCAAACUAAUUCUCGGACUCCAUGACAACCCAUGGCAGUGUGACUGCCGGCUGUAUGAUCUGGUCCAAUUUCAGAAAUCCCCUUCCUCAUCCGUUGCUCUCAUCGACACCAGGCUGAGGUGUGCUGAUCCAGAGAGCUUGUCAGGGGUUCUUUUCAUUGAAGCGGAGCUGCAGAGGUGCCAGGGCCCCCGGGUGCACACGGCCGUGGCACGUGUACGAAGCUCACUGGGCAACAAUGUCCUGCUGCGUUGUGGCACAGUUGGAGUUCCCAUCCCUGAGCUGUCCUGGAGCCGCGCCGAUGGCAAGAAAAUGAACGGCACUGUUCAGGAAGAGGUUUCAAAGGAGGGCAUCAUUUGGUCGAUUCUGAGUGUGCCUGCAGUCGCCUACCGUGAUUCUGGGAAAUAUGUGUGCAAAGCAACCAACUUUGUGGGCACCGCAGACGCUAUUAUCUCUUUGGUGAUCACAGAUUCCUUUCGGUCAGAGGAAACAGGAGGGGGUGUCCCUAAGAAAACCAGAGGGAAGAAACCUGGUGGCAUUGGAAGAGCGGCAUACCAAGAGAAACUUAUUGCCAGAUAUGUUCCUCCACCAUCCACCACAGCUGCUCAGCCCAUCAUCGAACCUCUUAAUGGCAAAGGUGCGACUGGGAAGUAUGAGAUCGAGAGCUACAGCAUCUCUGACGGUGCUUCCGAGGGACGAGGCAAGCCGUCAGACCCUCGGAAACCGGUGGAGGUGGAUGCUCUGAGCAAUUUAGCAGCCAAUGCCUCGUCCUUACAGCAAGCUCCGGAGAAAAGGGUAGUGCGUUCUGUGAAGGUAAUUGGCGACACAGACCAUACUGUCUCUCUGAACUGGAGAGCCCCUACAGCCACAAACACCACAGAAUUCAGUGUCCUAUAUGCUAUAUUUGGUGAGAGAGACAUGCGUCGGCUAAACGUAGGUGCUGGAAAGAACCGAAUCACCAUUGACGGCCUUGUGCCGAAGACAAAGUACAUUGCCUGUGUUUGCGUCAAAGGCCUGAUCCCAAAAAAGGAGCAGUGUGUAAUCUUCUCAACAGAUGAGGCGGCCAGUGCGAGUGGCACUCAGAAGCUCAUCAAUGUGGUGGUGAUAACGGUGGCAUGUGUGAUUGCUGUCCCCCUCACACUGAUUGUGUGCUGCGGGGCGCUAAAGAAGCGCUGCAAAAAGCUGCUAGGGCGGCAGUCCAAAGACAUGCAGGACUCGUACGUCACGUUUGAGACCCUGGGCCCCACAGCCAAAGCUAAAGGAAUGGAGGGCGAGUAUCUGACCAGGCUCAAUCCUGACGAAUCCAACAGGUUGCUCUCAGCAAGGUCCAGUGUUGACUCGGCGGCCACAGCCAGGACUGAGGGACCACCUAACGAGUACUUCUGCUAA